AUGCCUGUACAAAUCUUGGUCAUCAUCUCCUUUUACAUCUUAUCUUUGGCGGAAUGGACAUCCGCUAAGAUUGUCCGAGCGGGUAUCAUUGGUCAGAUUGCAGUUGGCAUUGUGUAUGGGAAACCUCUCGCCGAUAUUCUCGAAGACGAUUGGGAGACAACAUUUCUUGUCCUUGGAUAUGUUGGCCUGACCUCAUUAUAUUUGAAGACAAACCUGGUGCUGAGCAUUUUCGGUGCUGCCACGGGCGUCUGCUUUCCCAUAGGCCUAUCUUACAUCCUUCUUUAUCUUGGAUUCGGAUAUGGUGCUGUCGAAACUUUUAUUAUCGGGGCAACCCUAUCAGCCACAUCGUUAGGCACCACAGUCGCGGUCAUUUCUUCAGCUUCCGGUACUGUAGAUCUCGCCCAGACACGAGUUGGCUCCGUUUUGGUUAGCGCAGCUGUUAUCGACGACGUUGUCGGGCUCGUUAUGGCUAGCGUCAUCGGGAAAUUGGGUCCGCUUGAGGGCGGCAACGAUGUGAAUCUCGGGUGGCUUAUUGGACGUCCAAUUGUGGCGUCAAUUGCGAUGGCAAUUGUAACUCCUAUUAUGACAAAGUUCUUUUUCGCCCCGAUCUUCCGGCGGUACAUUGAGAACUAUUUUGCGCGAUAUGAUCAUAUAUCUAAUAUUAUACUGAUGAUAUUAUCUCUGUCUCUGUUUAUUAGUAUCGCAGCAUACACCGGCACAUCAGUUCUCUUUGGUGCAUUUUUAGCCGGGACUUUUCUUACAUACAUACCGAGCAAGCACCCAGAGGGACCCUUUGUCGUGAUGAGCCGCGAAGAAGGAGAGCAAUUCGCAGAUAAGAGCCCUACCUUUGUGCACACUUUCGAGAGAUACCUCAUGGAUGUUCAGAAGUAUCUUAUGGAGCCUUUAUUCUUCGCAAGUAUCGGGUUUGCCAUCCCCUUUGUGCAGCUCUGGACGGGUAAACGGAUAUGGAGAGGCGUCGUCUUUACGCUUCUCAUGGUCUUAUCGUCGGGUAUCGUUGGGGUAUGGCUACCACUGUGGACCUGGAGCCCUUUUAGUUCGCUAUUCCUGCGAAAGAAAGCCCUUAGCUCGGAGAAGAGCAGUGCUGAGGAAGAGAAUCAUACUUCCGGAGGUAGUGGGAGAAAGAGGAGAAACGCGGGAACAAUCUGGCUUUCGGCAUUGUUGUUGGGCUCCGCCAUGGUAGCACGGGGAGAAAUUGGACUGUUAAUUGUAGAGAUUGGUUACAACGAGACAGCAUAUGUCAGUGAGGACGGUUUUAUCACAGCGGUCUGGGCAAUCUUGCUCAAUACCAUUCUUGGUCCUGCCGCAGUGGGUAUUAUUAUCAAACUCUACGGCAAGCGUAUAGGGAACAGCGAAUGGGGUUUGCAAAAUCCCGUGGCACCGGGCGAGAGAUCACACAUUGGCUCUCGAGUUGCAUCAUCAGCAUGA